CAUAUGGGAAGGCGGCAGUAAAAUGAAACAAAUUUGGCAAACUCUUCCAUGCUGUAACGAACUUAUCCAUUUUACCUGACCCAGUGGGAAAAGCAAUCAAGAGAAACAGCUACAGAGAGAGAGAGAGAGCUACGCAUUCCAAUGCCUGAUCAUGAUAUGAUUGAUGACGUUAUUAGUCUUAUUACAUAUUUAUUCAAAUCAACCUCUCCAAUUCUUGUCUCCUGUGCUAAUAUAAGAACCCAGUUGGGUUAACGACGUGCGAAAAUUCUCCUUCAAUUUUUCUACACUAAAAAUUCAGCUUUAUUUCAAUAUAAAGAAAACAUCUAAUAUGGCUCCUACUGAUUCUUUAAAGCCUCGAGAUGUUUGCAUAGUGGGUGUUGCUCGUACUCCUAUGGGUGGCUUUCUUGGUUCCCUUUCUUCUCUUUCAGCUACAAAGCUUGGCUCAAUUGCUAUUCAUUGUGCUCUUGAAAGGGCAAGAGUUGAUCCAUCACUUGUGGAAGAGGUUUUCUUUGGUAAUGUUCUUAGUGCAAAUUUAGGACAAGCUCCUGCAAGGCAGGCUGCCUUAGGUGCUGGUAUACCUAAUUCAGUGAUUUGUACUACCAUUAAUAAAGUUUGUGCAUCUGGGAUGAAAGCGACAAUGCUUGCUGCACAGACAAUUCAAGCAGGCAUCAAUGAUAUUGUUGUGGCUGGUGGGAUGGAAAGCAUGUCUAAUGCCCCCAAGUAUCUUGCAGAAGCAAGAAAUGGUUCUCGGCUUGGACAUGAUACUAUAAUAGAUGGCAUGCUCAAGGAUGGCCUGUGGGAUGUUUAUAAUGACUUUGGAAUGGGAGUUUGUGCAGAACUAUGUGCCGAUCGGCAUACGAUAACAAGAGAAGAGCAGGAUUCUUAUGCCAUUCGGAGCUUUGAGCGCGGAAUUUCUGCACAAAAUGAUGGUCUUUUUUCAUGGGAAAUAGUUCCAGUUGAAGUUUCUGGUGGACGAGGGAGAUUAUCAACCAUCAUUGAUAAGGAUGAAGGCUUAGGAAAGUUUGAUGCUGCAAAACUGAGGAAGCUUAGACCGAGUUUCAAAGAGAAGGAUGGCUCUGUUACUGCUGGAAAUGCUUCUAGCAUAAGUGAUGGUGCAGCUGCGUUAGUUUUGGUGAGUGGAGAAAUGGCAAUUAAGCUUGGGUUGCAAGUGAUUGCUAGAAUAAAAGGAUAUGGUGAUGCUGCUCAGGCCCCUGAGUUAUUUACAACUGCACCUGCUCUUGCAAUACCCAAAGCUAUUUCAAAUGCUGGUUUGGACAAAUCCCAGAUUGAUUACUAUGAAAUAAAUGAAGCAUUUUCUGUGGUGGCUCUUGCUAAUCAAAAGCUACUUGGUCUUAAUCCUGAAAAAGUAAAUGCUCAUGGUGGUGCUGUAUCUUUGGGACAUCCAUUAGGAUGCAGUGGGGCUCGUAUCUUGGUCACAUUGUUAGGGGUACUUAGACAUAAAAAUGGUAAGUAUGGGGUUGCUGGAAUCUGCAAUGGAGGAGGAGGGGCAUCUGCCCUUGUUCUUGAGCUCAUGUAAGCGCUCUACACUUGGUCAGUAGCAACAAUAGGACCUUCAUUGUUAUGAAAUACUCUCGCAUCAGGUCAUUGUUGUGAAAUUGUCAAUUUCUUAUCCAUGUUACCUGAAUAAAGGAAUCUGUAUUUUACCAUACUAAGGUCCAAGCUAUAUACAACUUAUCAGAGACUUUGCAUGAUGAGGAUAUGAACACAAGAAUUGCAAUAUCAAUGUGUAUUGAGUACCCUUUUAUACACGCGCGCACACACACUCCCACACAUAUAUAUAUAUUACCAUCAUGUUCAUGGAUAUGAUAUAAAGAGCAAAGAAGAUAGAGAUGUUUCUAAAGAAGCACUUAGGAUGAUCAAUGUCUCAAUUCCUUGUCAUUACACAUUUAGUUUGUUGUCAGGAACCAAAUGAAUAAAUAGUUAAUUUCAUUUCCAAUGA